ACGUGAUGGGGCGCCGGGUCCAGCCUGUUGCUGAUGCUGCCGUGCGGUACUCGUCAUGGAGCUGGCACUGCGGCGCUCUCCAGUCCCAGGGUGGUUGCUGCUGCUUCCGCUGCUGCUGGGCCUGAGCGCAGGAGCUGUCGUUGACUGGCCCACAGAGGAGGGCAAGGAAGUAUGGGAUUACGUGACUGUCCGCAAGGAUGCCUACAUGUUCUGGUGGCUGUAUUAUGCCACCAACUCCUGCAAGAACUUCUCAGAACUGCCCCUGGUCAUGUGGCUUCAGGGCGGUCCAGGCGGUUCCAGCACUGGAUUUGGAAACUUUGAGGAAAUUGGGCCCCUUGACGGUGAUCUCAAACCCCGGAAAACCACCUGGCUCCAGGCCGCCAGUCUCCUAUUUGUGGAUAAUCCCGUAGGCACUGGGUUUAGUUACGUGAAUGGUAGUGGUACCUAUGCCAAGGACCUAGCUAUGGUGGCUUCAGACAUGAUGGUUCUCCUGAAGACCUUCUUUGAUUGCCACAAAGAAUUCCAGACAGUUCCAUUCUACAUUUUCUCAGAGUCCUAUGGAGGAAAAAUGGCAGCUGGCAUUGGUCUAGAGCUUUAUAAGGCCGUUCAGCAAGGGACCAUCAAGUGCAACUUUGCCGGGGUUGCCUUGGGCGAUUCCUGGAUCUCCCCUGUUGAUUCGGUGCUCUCCUGGGGACCUUACCUGUACAGCAUGUCUCUUCUCGAAGACAAAGGUCUGGCAGAGGUGUCCGAGAUUGCAGAGCAAGUCCUGAAGGCCGUAAAUAAGGGGCUCUACAGAGAGGCUACAGAGCUGUGGGGGAAAGCAGAAAUGAUCAUUGAACAGAACACAGACGGGGUGAACUUCUAUAACAUCUUAACUAAAAGCACUCCCACGUCUACAGUGGAGUCGAGUCUAGAAUUCACACAGAGCCACCUAGUUCGUCUUUGUCAGCGCCACGUGAGACAUCUACAACAAGACGCCUUAAGCCAGCUCAUGAAUGGCCCCAUCAGAAAGAAGCUCAAAAUUAUUCCUGAGGAUCAAUCCUGGGGAGGCCAGGCUACCACCGUCUUUGUGAACAUGGAGGAGGACUUCAUGAAGCCAGUCAUUAGCAUUGUGGAUGAGUUGCUGGAGGCAGGGAUCAACGUGACCGUGUAUAAUGGACAGCUUGAUCUCAUCGUAGAUACCAUGGGUCAGGAGGCCUGGCUGCGGAAACUGAAGUGGCCAGAACUGCCUAAAUUCAGUCAGCUGAAGUGGAAGGCCCUGUACAGUGACCCUAAAUCUUUGGAAACAUCUGCUUUUGUUAAGUCCUACAAGAACCUGGCUUUCUACUGGAUUCUGAAAGCUGGUCACAUGGUUCCUUCUGACCAAGGGGACAUGGCUCUGAAGAUGAUGAGACUGGUGACUCAGCAAGAAUAGGAUGAAGGGGGCUGGAGAUGAGCGGGUUUGUUUGGCCUUGGGGCACAGAGCUGAGCUGAGGCCACUGAAGCUUUAGGAAGCGCCAUUCUUCCCUGUAUCUAACUGAGUGAUCAAGAAGGUUCUGACCAGCUACCGCCGAGGAUAAAAAUCAUUGUCUCUGGA